CAUUGUAUUAUCACGUCGACUCUGCAUCGUCGAACACCGUUGACAGAUAUACGCACGCUUUUCGAGCAGCACGCGUAUAUUGCCGCACGAGGCCAAAAAAAAUACGCGCGCGAUUCGCACAAUAUUCGCCCGAUGUGCCCUGUGACCCGUAGCGACGACCACGUUUCGGUCGACAGUGUCAUCAUCUUCAGGUUAGCGGGGGUGGCUACGGUCCGGCAGUGAGAGUGGCCCGUUGAAGUUUUUUUGAUGGUGACUUUGUGUGUUUGGUUCGCGGACUUCCGGCUCGGAGGACCAGGAAGUGCGAAGGGAUAAGUGUAUUGAAUUUUCGGAGUUAUCUAGGAUGGUUCUGAGUGAUGCUCACCGCGGCAUUACUCGCCUCUGAUCUACUGGAUGCACCCUAAUGUGUAAGAAAUCAAAAAUACUGCUUGGACUAAAGUCUCUGAUAACACUGAUAACGGUAACUAACAUAAUAGCUGUGUCGGCUUUUUGUCCCCGUGCUGAAAUCAGAUCGGCCAUAAUGACCCUCUAUCCGUCUUCUCGUCCACUAAGAAUAGAGAAUAGAAAAGUCGUCGCCAGGAGGCCACACAAUGAGAACGAUAUCGACCAAUAUUCUCUACUAUUCAUAAAGUAUGAAUCACUCAAUCUCCUACUAUACGAUCCAAGAGCCAUGCACUUCAUCUGCUUCAAUCCUAAAAGGACGAAACUAAUGCCCAAGAGAAACCCUCUGAAAGGCAAGAUAGAACUGUGCUUGUUUCAAGAAGAACCUUCCAGAGAAAUGCCCCAAACUCUUCGCAGCUACGUGAACUACCACAGAGACAAAAGAGCCAUGAUCACCAUGGGUCAAAACGGCCUUUACUUCGACAAAGAGACUCGCAACUGCACCAAGAAGGCCAGUCACCAUCACCCACACAAAAUGAGGAAGAACUGCAAAGGUGACAGUGGCUUCUUGAUAUCCAGCUGCAUCGAUGGCAAGAGGAGGUUCUGCGACGUGGUGAGGGACAUCAGAAAAAGCAGGGGGGUCAUACACGAUCUCAAAACGAAAUACUGCGAAAACACCUGAGACUGACAACUUGGCAAUAACGCUUAACUGCUUGGUAGGUGAAUGAAAGUAGCAGCGUGUGAGAGUGAUAGUCGAAUGUGUGUUGAGCUGACUAUUUUAUAUAUUUUUAUGUGUAUAUGAACAGCUACAAUAUGUCGGCAUUAUGUGGAAGCUAUAAAGUAUGAGAGAAUUUUAAUUUUUAAUGUACAAAAUUAUAGAUAGUGAAAUCGUAGAACGUAUGAAGAUGGUAGGCGUUUGGUUGAGUAAUUGUCAAUGGCAACGUUCUACGCUAGGACAUUUUAUAUUCGAUUCGAUCUUGGUGACACCAUUUGUUCCUCAUCUUUAAUAUCCAUACAUUCCCUUCGAUACUUUGGUUAGUCGCUCUACACCUAAAAAUUUCACCUCUCCCCCAUUAUUUCAAAUUCAACAGUUUAUAGUCGAUACAGUUUGUAACCCGUACAGAACUGCACCCAGCCGUUCAGUUACGAACUGUUUAUUUCUUAAUGAAAUCUGAAAAACGGUUUCCCAUUUUCAAAGUUGUCCGUUUUGUUUAAAGUUAAUUUCAAUAAAUUGCCACUUAAACCUUUACAGUUUAAGGCAAUUUCAAGAUUGUCGCCAAUAAAUCACUCAGAAUUUUGAUGAUCUGGACGAAUGCUUCAGAUUAAAAGAAAUUAUAACUUGACAAGAGAUUGAAUAAUGUAUAUUUUUAUGGUAAUGUUUUGAAGAAUGGUCAAUUUUCUCAAACAUUUCUUCCAAUAAUUCUUUUCAAUCUGUGUAAUAUAAAAAAUCUUCAUCGUUCAACUCUUCGGAAAUAAUCGACAAAUUUUAUUGUUGAAUAAUAACUAGUCAUCUUCAUGUAGAAGAAUACUCGACCCCUUUUUGUUUUCUGACUUAAUUCAUUCAAGCUUACCUUACCUUAUGUUGUUCAUAUUCGAACACACCAAGAUAAAGUUUCUUUUAGAUCGGCUUAUACUCAAGUUUUCGUGAGUCUAUUAUACGUAGAAAUAUUUCAAUGUGUUCAUUUUAUAUUAACAAUUUUUGAUCAUUACUCAACCACAAAAAACAAACAAUAACUUUUUCUCGGUUGUAAAUUCAAUAAUUUAUUUUUUGUAUUGGAGUAUGCAUUGUAAUUUUAGCUUUUGUAUAAUUUUUUCUUUUGUAAAUUAACAAGUCAUUAAUAAUGAUAGUUGUACAGUUUUUUUUUACCCCCAUGGGGUAUUAUUUAAUAGGUUUUAAUUAUUGAUGUGUAUAUAUAUUUUGUAUUUAUUUUCGGAAUAUAUCUGAUAUUACGUUGAUUAUUCCCAUUUCAUUCAUUCAUCAUUCAACAUUUCAUUCGAAGACCAAAUUAAAUUUUUUUUCAAAAUUUAUAUGAAAUUUGGUUAGUGCAUUUUAUUUUCGAGUGAUCUGAAACAGUUCGAUGAAAAUUUCGAAUUGGAUUUUCAGGAUGAUAUCGAUUUUCAUCAAAGAAUUAAAUUUUCAACGUAAUAUCAGAUUAAUUCAGUACCCUCAGCAGUAUUUAUAACUUGAUUCUAUAUAUUUUUCGAUCAAUAAAAAUGAAAAUCUGUGCCUAUGAUGUGUGCUACGUUCAUCCAUUUUUAAUAAACCCGUGUUACAACAACCAAAUAAAUUUUCCUUGAAAUUACAGCCCAAAUCUUCAAUUAUUGUAUGACUGGACUACAUAACUACAAGCUUCUUAAAGCAUAGUUCUACACCAAAAGUGGUCUACGGACUCGAUUAGUAAUUUUUUCCAUAUUUAUGUAUUUUUCAAAUAAUCGGAAGGAAAAUAGUGGAAAAUGAAUGAUUAAAUUCAGUGAUAUAAACGUAUUUUUCUAGAAUAAGCUUUCCGCCUUGUCUAUUUUGGUAGUCCAGUUUUUAUGGAGAAAUGAAGCUAAUUUUAUAAUAAAACAAAAAUUCGAAAAAAUGUAAAUUUCUGAUUUUCAUAUUAAACAUUCCAUAAUUGUUUGAAUUUUAUUCUUUUGGAGUCAUUUAUAUCUUUUCAGUAAUUCCCCAAAAACAAUUCAUUGUCAAAUGUUAAAAAAUGUGUGCUUUAUGCUAAAUGGAAUAAGAAGUAGCCUCAUAAGAGAUCUGUGCCAUUUGUAGCUAAUGUACUUAUUAUGAUAUAUACAUUCCAUAACAUGAUUUGCAAUAAAUAUUCUACCGAAGAAA